AUGUUGACAAAUGCAGCCGAAGCAGCUGGAGCUCCGGCGGACUCAGCGAUCGAGGCAAUUGAGGACAGUCAGAUUCUUCAAGUAGAAUCCGCUUCAACACAACGACAAGGGACUCGCCUUCGAAAACAGACUGUGCGGUACGGACAAGAGACAAACGCCAGCAGCGAGGGUGAUCAAGACCUUGGAGAUGAUCAUAAUGAGACCUCUAUGAAUGACAGGCCUGUGACUACUCAGCAGAAGCGUCGAACACUCAUCUGCAACUUCGUUGACGGUUCAAACAAGGACAAGCUGCGCGCUCUCUUGACUCGACCCUCGAAGAAGCUUGACAGUCCUCCUGGAUCAAGUAACGGCAACUCGAAGAAGCGGAGGUCUUCCUUGAGCAAUGAUUCAGACGUCGACGGAUCUGAACCAGCCAGGCAAAGCGCCGACAACCUACCGAAGAGACAGCGGAGACAAACCGCCAAAGAGAGAGCUGAGUACAGAGCAGCAGCAGCGAACGUCCAAGAGUCGUUUCCUGAACCGCGGGGACAACCUGAGGUGUGGGCGGAUGACCGCCAGAGCCUGUGUGAGUCGCUUUCUUACUUCCAGGCGUAUAAGUCUGGUGCCUACCACUUCAAUGGGUUUGGCUACGGCUACCUACUCGACAACGACAACGAUGUGCGAGGGUACAUGAGUGCCGAGGUUGUCAUCUCCAGAUUUGGCGGUGGAUACACACCCAAUGAAAAAACAGGCAAGAUGGAGCGAGAGAAGGAUCAGACUCUGUCUGACCCAACGGUUGUGGCUUUCAUGAACAACAUGAGAGAACACGUGCCAGUCAAUCUCGUCGUUGGUCAGUUCACCCCGGUGUAG